AUACGCGAGUUAUUUGCCAAGGUUUUACUGGGAAACAGGGUACGUUCCAUUCGCAACAAGCCAUUGAAUACGGAACCAAUUUAGUUGGAGGUGUUUCACCCAAGAAAGGAGGUACAACUCACUUAGGGUUGCCUGUGUUUAACACCGUAGCUGAAGCAGCUCGCGAAUUAAAACCAGAUGCAUCUGUAGUUUAUGUUCCUCCUCCUUUUGCUGCCUCCGCUAUUAUAGAAGCCAUCCAAGCUGAAAUUCCAUUAGUAGUUACGAUUACGGAAGGUAUUCCACAGCAUGAUAUGGUUAGGGUUGUGAAAGUAUUGAAAUCUCAAAAUAAGACUCGCCUUAUAGGGCCGAAUUGUCCCGGUAUCAUUGCGCCAGGUGCUUGUAAAAUUGGAAUUAUGCCUGGUCAUAUACACCAAGUAGGAAAAGUUGGCAUAGUGUCUCGAUCCGGAACUCUGACUUAUGAGGCAGUUGGCCAAACAACUCAAGUAAACCUUGGACAGUCGUUAUGCGUUGGUAUUGGUGGAGAUCCGUUUAAUGGCACUAACUUUAUAGAUUGUUUGAAAUUAUUUUUGGAUGACGAAAACACGAAAGGUAUUAUAUUGAUUGGGGAAAUUGGUGGUUCAGCUGAAGAGGAGGCGGCAGAAUUUCUCAAGGAACAUAAUUUAACACGAAGCCAGCCAAAACCAGUGGUGUCCUUUAUUGCUGGUUUAACUGCACCACCUGGUCGUCGUAUGGGUCACGCAGGUGCUAUUAUAGCCGGUGGAAAGGGUACCGCAGGCGACAAAAUUAAAGCUUUAGAGAACGCAGGUGUAGUUGUGUCUAGGAGUCCAGCAAAGUUAGGUAUUACUUUGAGAGAG